AUGUCUAAAGUCAUUUCUGAUUCAGAGCUGGCAACGAGUGUUAAGAAGGCGACUUCUGUCGACGAGACUGCUCCGAAGAGAAAGCACGUCAGAUGCUGUAUCGUCUACACAUGGGACCACAAGUCUGCGCGUGCGUUCUUCAACCAGCUGAAGUCUUUACCAAUCCAAGGCGAUGAGGUCCAGUUGUUCAAGGCCUUGAUCACUUUACACAAGGUGCUGCAAGAAGGCCAUCAAUCGGCUUUGAAGGAGGCGAUUAAAAACAUGGACUGGAUCGAUAGUUUGGGUAGAUCUGUCCACGGUGAUGGAUUCAAAGGGUAUGGCCGAUUGAUCAAGGAGUACGUCAUUUAUCUCUUGAAGAAGUUGUCCUUCCACAGAAACCACAGGGGUUUCAACGGAACUUUUGAGUACGAAGAGUACGUCUCUCUAGUCACCGUGGAGAAUCCAGAUGAAGGCUAUGAAGCAAUCUUGGAUUUGAUGGCUUUACAGGAUUCUUUGGACGAUUUCCAAAGAAUGAUCUUUUCAAGCAUCUCCCACGAUAGAAAGUCUGAAUGUAAGAUCUCUGCUCUGGUUCCAUUGGUUGCGGAGUCUUACGGUAUCUACAAGUUUAUCACUUCUAUGCUGAGAGCGAUUUAUCGCUCAACAGGGUCGGACGAUGCCCUCGAACCUCUAAGACAACGCUAUGACUCACAACACUCAAGAUUGUUUGAGUUCUACGCUGAUUGUUCCUCUAUCCGUUACUUGACAUCUCUCAUCACCAUUCCAAGAUUACCUGAAACACCACCAAAUUUGUUCAUCACUGAUGACGAUGAUAACAGCAGCGUUGCAAGACCACAGUCUCGUCAAACUGUGGAAACGAAUGAACCAACUCCGGAACCUUUAUCUGCUCAGCCAACAAUGGCACCGUUCCAACAGCCAAUUGCAACACAACCAACAGGUGUUGACUUUUGGAAUACUCAGCAAAACGUCUACGAAGCUGAACAGGCUCGUCUUGCAGAACAGUAUCAGCAACAGGCUUUGGCUCAACAACAAGCUGCUGAACAGCAGAGAAUGCUAUUCGAAGAACAACAGAGACAACAAGCUGAACAACAGAGAUUGGCUCAGGAGCAAUUACUCAGAGAACAAUUGCAAAAUCAGGCACAAGGACGUGUUGCAGAGCUGGGACGUGAUCUACUCACAAUGAGACAACAGUAUGAGAAUGAUCAAUUGUUGUUGCAGCAAUAUGAUCAAAGGGUUAAGGCAUUGGAGCAGGAAAUUGCCACAACCACGGAAUCUGCAACUCAGCAGAUUGGUUCAAAGGAUGAACUCAUCAACAACUUACAAGAACAGCUAACACUGUGGAAGAAUAAGUACGAUUCUCUGGCUAAAUUGUACUCGCAAUUGAGACAAGAACAUUUGACGUUGUUGAACAAGUUUAAGAAACUUCAACAGAAGGCUGCUUCUGCACAGGAAGCUAUAGAACGCCGUGAGAAGCUAGAAAAGGAUCUAAAGUCAAAAAAUGUUGAACUCGCCGGUCUUAUUAGAGAACGUGAUAGAGCUAGAUUGGAUUUGGAGAAAUUCAAAGGUGGUAAAGACAACGAAGUUGAUCAGUUGGAAUUGAAAGUUAGAGACUUAACUCUGAAAUUAGACGACGCUGAGAGAUCCCAGUCUUCAAACUUGUCAUCUAUCUUUGCUCAACACAAGAAGGAAAUUGAUGAACUUCAAAGCAAGUUAGAGCAACAAUCUCGUUCGAUCCAUCCAGAUCUGGAACAGAAACUCAAGGAAAAGGAGGAAGAGAUUGAAAUCAUGCAACAGACAAUGGAUGAUGCAUUGGAAGAACUUGCUGCUGCUCAAAAUUCUAAUGAUGCAGCGAUUAAUGAACAAAUUGAUGACGUUUUAAUUGAUCAUCUGACCAAGUUGACAUCCCUUGUGGAUGCUAUCUUGGCUUCUGGUAUCAAGCGUAUCCAAGAUGCACUUUAUGAAUUGGAUUCUCCAAUGCAAACUGGUAAUCAAAACUCAUCACCAGAGUAUCUUUUAUCCGUCAUCGAAAAGGGCUCAUCUGCUGCGACAGAUUUCUGUACUUCUUUCAACGAUUUCAUCGCCGAUGGUCCAAAUGGCGAUCAUUCUGAAAUCAUUAGAUCGCUCAACGAGUUUACCAGUUCCAUCAACGAUAUUUUGAUGAACGUUAAAGGUAUCGUAAGGCUGGCAAAGUCCGAUGCACAGGCUGAUAAAUUGGUUGAAACUGGUAGAGCUACUGCAGAGGUUUCUGAAGAUUUCCUGAUCUCUUUACUAUCGGACGUAUUAGAAGGAACCGAUGAGGAGAAGACAGAUGUUGUGAUUAAUGGAAAUGUCAAAGUCCAAGAGAAGUUACAAAUCUUGACAGACUUAGCCGAUGAUUUGGCUCCAAGAUCCACUUUAAAGCACGUUUCUGGUGACUUGGGAGAAGUGGUUGAUUCUGAAUUGAACAACGCAGCAAAUGCAAUUGCGUCAGCAGCCACUCAACUUAGUGGGUUGUUAUCGCAGCCACAGGAUGCUUCAGUCUCGAAGAUUGAUUUCGAUAUCAACAAGGCUAUUCUUUCUGCAGCUGUUGCUGUUACCAAUGCCAUUUCUAUCUUGAUCAAUGCAGCUAUCGAUACUCAGAAUGAAAUCGUCGCCCAGAACAAGGGCUCAGGAACAAGAGCUCAGUUUUACAAAAAGCACAAUAGAUGGACCGAAGGUCUUAUUUCAGCUGCUAAAGCCGUUGCUGCUUCAACAAAGAUUUUGAUUGAGACUGCAGAUGGUGUUUUGAAGGCUAAGAACUCACACGAAGAGUUAAUCGUGGCAUCCAACGAAGUUGCUGCAGCCACAGCACAACUAGUUGCUGCUUCAAGAGUGAAGGCUACAUUCAUGUCAAAGACUCAAGAUAAGCUGGAAAAUGCCUCGAAGACUGUGACUUCAGCUUGUAGAACCUUGGUUACCCAAGUUCAAGAUAUCUUGGAUAAGAGAGCAAACGGAGGAUCCGAUGAAGUUGAUUACUCUAAACUCACAAACCAUGAGAAUAAGACAAUGGAAAUGGAACAACAAGUUGAAAUUCUAAAAUUGGAAAAUGCAUUGAAUGCUGCUAGAAAGAGAUUGGGAGAGAUUAGAAAGUAUGGUUACAGAGAAGGUGAUAGCGAUGAAGAGUAG